GAAAAUAAAACGAGCGACGGAGAAAGUAGUUGCUUUUGUUGUUGUUGUUCAAAGCAGCAAAAAAAAGCAGAGAAAAAGAAGAGCACGCUCCAAGGGGAUGACUGUUAACUAUCUCGGCAAGAUCUCGUGCGAUGAGUAAUAGGCGCCUGCCUACUGGGAUAUCUUGGGCGAAAAGGGGCGAAAAAAACGGCACGUACUUUGCAUAAAUUAUUCGCCCGAAGUGUAGCAAUGUGUGUACAAUAGGGUAAGUGAGGGAGGUAUCAGGAGCUGGGUUCGGGUAUCGCCUGUCGCUGAGCGAAACGGAACUUUUGUUGGGCAGCUUAAACAACCACAGCAGCAACAGCAAUAGCAGCAGCCGUUUCGUCACAGUGUGUGGUGUGUUUUUGUAGUCUCUCGCUCGACACAGGAGGCUACGAGUUUUAGUAGACCCCGUGGUCGGUGCCUACCAAUACUGCAAUGUAUAAGGGCGUGAGAGAAGAGCAGCAGCAGUACGUUGAGCAGCGUUUGCUUAUUCGACGCUCUAUCUCUGUCUCUGUUGUUGCUGCCUGUGUUGCUGCUGGAUUCGUUGGUUGUUCGCGCGCACUCAAGUCAGGCAAUCAGGGAACUGCGAGGCUAGCUGGUAUAUGGGUGUAUAUCGGUGCGUAUGCGCGUGUGUGUGUGCGAUUGUGUUGGAAUAUCUUUUUCAGAGAUAUGUACACAGUUUCACUCACUUAACACAUAUAAAUCGAGACAAUGAGAAACGGGGAACGGAAGACGAGUGCGUGGUGGUGUGUGUGUGUGACGAUCGGUAGGGCCGUCGGGACAAUCGCUUUCGACGAUGCCGUCGGCCGGGGCGGGAAGGGGAAAAUUCCUUAGAUUGCGUGUAGCGAUAAUUAAUGUUGGGUUUGUGUAAAUGUAAAACGCAGUUAGGAAAUGAGAUUAUCAUUAGCCUGUGUGCCUUAUUGAAAUUAUGAAAACAUGACAAAUAAAAAAAAAAACUUACGAUGUAAUGUAAGAAUGGAGUACAAAUGUGAAUGUUAUAUAUUUAUUUAUAAUGUAUUUUUUCUUAUUUAUACUACGGCCAUAUUACUAUUAUUUAAUUUUAAUUAACUAAUACUAAUACUGUGAUAAAUUGAAAUAUUAUAUGGUUCAAGUACUAUUAUGAAUUAUUGUUAAUAAAUUAAGAUUAAUUAUAAGGUUUAUCCACAAUAUUUGAUAUUAUACCUAAAUUUGCCAUUUGUUGAUAAUUAUGCGAAACGAAACAUACAUGAUUAAUAAAAACAAAUAAACAAACGAAUUUAAUUAAAUAAAAGUAUACAAUAAAGCCAAACAAACCAAAAAUCAAACAUUUCAAAAAGGUAAAUAACGUCAUAUUAUUAGGGUAUGAAUUACGAGACAAACUAGACCAGUAGGCUCAAAAUCUUCUCAUCAAUCAGUCAUAAAUAACAUAAAUUAUACGAAAUAAACAUCUAAUAUAAAAUCAAUAAUAGAAAAAAAAAGCCAAAUCUGAAAGAAGAAGUGAAACAAAGAGUGAUCAGUUUUUAAUCCCGAUCGUUUGCUAGCCCUUGGUGGUUAAUUAGAUUUCCUCUAACGAUACACGCUUUCAGGAAGGCCAUUCUUUGUCCGCAGCUGACCUCUUCCAGCGACCCCGAACCCUCCCGCCCGACAGUCUUUACACUUUCUUGGAAAAUAGUUGCAGCUCGCGCAGUAACGCAACGCAAACGACGCUCUCGGUGGUGCAUUUUGCCUGCAGAAUGACCUUGCGCUCCUGCUGGCCGUCUGCAACCGGCAAGACUCGCACAUACCAAACCAUUUGAAUGGUAUGCAACCUUUCCCAAAAAAUGACUUCUCUCCUCCACCCAUUGUUUCAUCCCCACCACCAGACGGCAGUUUCCAAUCGAACGCGAACACGCGAAAUUCAUUUUUGUACGCACGAACGAAUGGCGAAAAGCGCGUAGAAGAAACGCAGCAGCAGCAGCAGCACAGCGUACGCAAAUGCACGUCGCGGUGGUUUUGUUAGAUGCAAUGAGCGAGGGAAGAGCCGGCAGAGAGGGAGAAAGAGUGAGAGUGUUGCGGGGGAGAUCGUAAAAAGGUUCAAGGAAAGAAAGGAGCUUGAAAAUCGGCCAACGGGGUAGCGAAAAGGGGUGUGUAGGUAGGAAGGAAGAGCGUGCGUGAGUGAGAGAGAGCGAGCUAAAGAAAGCGAGCGAGAGGCAGAAAGAGACUCUUUACGACCCGGAGCAAAGGCGCCAAAGUAUGUUUUUCGUUUAUAUUACCACCACUCUCGCCUCGCUUGCCUUUUGUACACACACAGGCACACACACAGGUACAUACAUACACAUCACACGCGCGAACAGCGAUCGUGUUCCCUUUGGCGGGAGAGCGUGCGCUUAGCAGAGAGGAGAGCGGUGGAAAAGCGAGGCUCAAGCUGAACAACAGCCGCCGCCUGCUGAGGACGAAGUUACGGAUGGAGAUGGUGGAAAAAGAGGAAGAGGAACAAGCGGAGGGGGGGGGGGGGGAAAUGAAACGAAAAUAAAUGAGGGCGUACUGUACCGUGGCUGUCCCUUACGCGCUCGCUCUCCCACUCCCUCUCUCUACCUAUAUUUCGUGUACAUAUAAUAUAGAUUGUGUAUGUGAUGUUUUUUUAUCUCUCUCCAAUCACCACCCCGUCCCCCAACCAAACGCUACUAGAUUGAACCCAAAACCAAACACACACAGCCACACACACACACGGUACGAAACAAACGGGCCAAAGGGAGAGGGAGCGAAACCGGUGCGACGAGAUGAUGACGGUGCGAGCCGCCGCGCGCGAGAGUCAGCGCCCGCGAGAGAAGAAGUAUGGCGAACGACGACGACGGCGACUACGACCAACCGAUUGGCAGGCGCCUGCCCUCGUUGUGCGAGACUACACGUCCGAGCGGAUGAGCGGUUUUUGUGUGUGCAGCAGCAGCAGCAGCAGCGUGCGAACGGGGGCUCAAGACCGCGCUCUUGGCUGUAUGUGUUUGUGGCCGUUCUCGCUCUCGCACCCAAGGGGUACGCUGCCCGAUGCGUGUGUGUGGUUCUUGCUCUCUCUUCCUCUUGCUAUGUGUUGCUGCACGCUUUUAUGUGUUGCUGACACUGCUGUAUACUUCGAGUCCGUGUGCGCGCGCUCUCUCUCUCUCGCUCUCGCUCUCUUCGAGCGGUUGGGCGAUUUUCGAUCCGGGGGUUUUUCGGUGUUUUACGUACCGCCGUCACCACACAAAAUAACGACGUGUGGAUGAGAGCAGUAGUGUAACGGCAGGCCAGCGACACUCGGCACACGCGCGCGCUCCUCUCGGAACAAAUAGCGACAGAACGCGAAAACACAAAAAAACAACAAAAAAGAUACUAAGGGAAUUUCUAUCGCGGUGGUGUGUAUUGUGUGUGUGUACGGGCAAUACAAGGACAGCGUUGUGUUGUGGCCGUGGGGUGGUGCUACUUAGCAGGGUAGACGGUAGUGGAUUUAGCAAGAAAUUCCCGUUGCUUUGAUUUUGUUUUGUUUGGAAAGAAAAUCUGGACCCGGGAAAGUGUUUCAGUUUCGUGACAGUUGUGUGAGGCAAACAACAACAGCAGCAGCAGCGACUGCGGGCGAGCUUUAAAAAAACCCAUUGUUGGGGGUCGCUUUUGUGCAAACUGGCCUCUUCGUGCUGUGUGCGUUCGUGGAAAAGGCAAAAGCCCAGCAAUAGAUAGCCCCCCUUCCCCGCCUGUGUGUGCGAUAUUCCAGCAAAUCCCGUGAAGUGUGUGUGCGCGCACAGUUGCGAAUCCAAAAGCUUGUGUGUGCGUGUGUGCGCUCGCACGAGAGCAACGGUGGAGUGUGUGUGGUGUGUGGAGGAAGCAGGCAUUUGCGAUACACACACAGAGUGUAGUGUGUUAGUGUCGGUUAGAAGCACAACAAGCAGAGCAAGAAGAAAACAACCUUGGUGUGGGCUGUGGUGUGGUUGGUGGUACACGCCCGUCCCUCUGUGUGUGAGGCUCCCGUCCUCCGUUCCGCCGCUCGGUGUCCACACUCCGGUGGAAUGUUGAUUUGCGGCAGUGUGCGUGUACGUUUCUAAUACGGCUAUAGAAGCAAUUGGUGGUUGUGUGCGUGCGCGCGUGUCUGUUGGCAGUGGAAAGUACCGAAAGAAUCAAAGUACACACAGCAGAUUUUGACAGCUGAAAGGCACGCGUGACAUCUCCUCGGAGUUCCUGCGAGUGUGUGUGUUACUGUGCGUGUGUGUGUUGUGUUGGAUGGAAAGGUUGACAAAACGACAGUUGUGCUGAAAGAAAGGAGGGGGUCUUCCUGUUGGAAACAUCCAAAGUUCCUCACUGUGAAAGUGUCUGUGCGUGUGUGUUUGUGUGUGCUGUAAAGCUAAAGUAGUAGUGGUAGAAACCGUGAUUAUGAUUACGUGAAAAUCGCCCCCACCCCUCCUCGUGUGCGUGUGAGAAAGCAAAACAGCCCCCCCUAAAAAAAACCUCCCACACCCGACAAGACCAGGUCUUGAGUGUUCCCCCCGACCUGUGUGUAUUCGUUUUGUGUGAGUGUUCUCUCCCUCCGAUUCCGUGUAAUAGCGCUUCCGGUGGUGGUGGUGGAAGAAAUGUCAUCCGCGGCACCGGUCACAGUAAAACAGGAGCGGCACGAUGACGCCGAAAUCAACGAGAUGGCGGCAAAGAUGGUGGAGGCACACAAGCAACAGUCGGCGAAGGCGGCGGCGGCCGCCGUCCAGCAGCAACAGGUGCCGGCCCGACCGGCCGCAGUGGCGGCCACCGUCACUGCCAACGGUGUCACGACCGGCCAGACGAACAUACUGAACUACUUGACGCGCAAACCGACCGCCACAGCCGGCAACGUGAUGGCGGCGGCUGCGUCGGCGGCUACUACCGUUGCCGUCCCGCUCGGCAGUGGCCAAAGUGUCACGUCGAACGGUAGCGGCAAAGCGUACGACGGUGGCGGAUCCUCGGACCAGAACGGCGCCGAGAAGAAGGCCAACGACGAGGAAAGCCAGAAGGGACACUUCGGGUGGGAGGUGUUCCCGGCCAAGGUGCACAUCCCGUUCAUCCUGCGGCAGCAGGAGCGCUACUGCGCGGUGCGGAUGGUCGAGAUGAAGCUGCUGAACAAGUAUCUGAACUACCUGCACCAGGACAUCUACACGUGCACGUGCGUGCGGUCGUACUACAUCACCGAGGCGGAGUGUAAGCUGCUGAACGAGAUCAACCAGAAGCACUGCGACAUGCACUUCGGGCGGGAGCUGUUCACGCUCAAGGAUCUGGUGGUGCGCGUGUCCGACGCGUACAAGUUCUACCAGUUUCUGGAGGUGUGCUACAAGAAGCUGCUGAUGGGAUGCAGCACCCCGAACGACAAGUGCGGGUUCAUCCGCAUCAACAAGGAGUCGGUGGUGCCGUACACGGUGCGCGACUACCAGAAGAUGGUGCCGCUGUUCUACUUCGAGGGCGAGACGGACAACCUGAAGCUGAAGGCGGAUAACCUGUCCGGGUGGGAUCUGUCGUACCUGAAGUUUUGCUGCAAGGUGCAGGGCAUCCGGAACGAGCUGUUCGCGAGCGACUCGGUCGCGGUCAUCAGCCUGACCGACAUCAAGGGGUACUUCCCGCCCGGCACCGAGUUCGAGGACUACUGGCCGAGCAAGGUGGUCGACUCGCAGCUGCUUUCGGGGCCGAAAACGAACACCAUCCACUGGACGCGGCAGCCGGCCCAGCCGCCGCCGAAGGCGCCCACCAUCAUGGCGAACGCGACCGCCCGCAAGGCGGCCACCAACAACGUCUACCAGACGCUGCAGACCCAGCAGAACCUUGCCAAAUCGAACAACCAAAUGACCAGUAUUACUGCCGCUGUACAGGCUCUUACUAACAACUGGAACAACAUGGUCUCCUCGAACCAUCCGAAUCUGCUCGCCCAGCAGGAGCAGCUGAUACGACUUAGCCAAGCCCAACAGGCGGCCCAAGCACAGGCCCAGAUACGCAACAUGCAGAACAUGCACACGAUGCAGCAGUACAACUCUUACCUGAACAGCGCCAUGUCGCUGACGUCCCGUACGUCGCAGAAUCAGGCGGUACCGCCACCGCUAGUACGAUCGGCACAGGUUCAAGCGCAUCUGUCGAGUGGUGGCGGUGGCGCAUCCUCCUCAGUCCUUCGCUCGGGCUCCUCCUCGGGUACCGCCGGCAUUGGCAAUACCCUACCGAACCUAAACCCCGCUCUGUCCAUAUUCGCAACCACCAGUAGCCCAAACGGUACCGUCAACCUGUCCCGGCUGAAUCAGCAACAGAUCAGCGAGCUCACGAUGGCCAGCACCGGUGGAGCGGGCCUGGUGGCGUCCAGUGGCGGCAGCAACCGUAACGCCGCUACCGCCGGCAAGUCGAGCCGUAGUAGCGCCAAUAGUAGCUCUAGUGCCGCUGCUACUGCCGCUGCUGCCGCUGCCAUUGCUUCCUUUACUGCGGCCAUGAACUCUGGUGGUCGCACGGCGGGAAGCAGUGGUAGUGUCAGCAACAGCAGUAGCAACAGUCUGGAUGGAUUUUCGCUUGGACGGAAUGUAACGAUCACACCGGCCGGGAAGAGAGGUGCAAGUACGCUCGACGAGCUGACGGUGGCCGGGCUGGGGAGCUACGCUGUGAACGGCAACCGGCAGCCGGUAGCGUACCCUAAGAAUCCGAUCUCCAUCACCGCGGUGCCGAUUGGUUCGCCGACACGUGCCUCACCGAAGGGCGGUCAGGCAAGGCAACCGCCGCCGGCCCUAAUACCGGUCGGUGGCGGCGUCAAUAACGAGCUGAUGGAUAGUCUCGUAGCGAAUGGCGUCGAUCUGUUGGCUCAUUUGCGGAUGAGCAAGGACAUUGAGAUCAUUAACGAGCGCCUGCUGGAGGCGAGCAAUAGCGGCGGCGGCGGCGGCAGCGGCAAACAGCUACCAUCGUACCGGGAAAGCACAAACACCAACACGGGCAGCCCUAGCGUUAUAGUGCACGAUAAGAGUAGAGCGAGCGGCAAUAGUAGUAGUAGUAAUAGUAGUAGCAGUAGGCACGAUUACACAAGAAAUCAGAGCGUGAUCACUAGUGCGGGUGGCGGCAAUGGUGGCGUGGCCAGUGACGGAAGAACACACUAUCUGAAUGCGCUGAUCGCAGCAGGACUGUCGGAUGUAAUCGAUCUAUCUUCUACCCAAAGGUCCACGAUGGGAGGCACCACGCUGCCGCAGCAUCUGGCGGCCGCCCAGCAGGCGGCGGCCGCCGCCGUUGCCCAGCAACAGCAGCAGCAGCAACAGUCACAGUCUAGUCGGCGGGCGGCGUCCGGAUCGGCCGGCCUGUCAUCCGGUGGCCGGGCGAUCUCCAACAGCAGCUCGUCCGGCGGCGGCUCCGGCAGUGGCAACAGUGGCAACGGUGCGAGCGGAGGAGUGAACAGCUACCGCAACGCCAGCGUUGCCGCUCUGCAGCAGCAGCUCCAGCAGCAGCAGGCCCAGGCCCAGCAGCAGCAGGUACAGCACCAGCAGCACGCGGCGGCCACGGCGGCGGCGGCGGCCGCGAUCAACAGCCUGACGGAAACACGGCACGGCAACAUGAUCGUGCUGCCCGAGAUGAACAUGGGCGUGACGCAGUACAAGCCGUAUGAGGUGGUGAAGAAACCGGUCGAGAACAAGAUCAUCUACUGCGUGAACAAGACGCCGUACCGCAACACCGAGUAUCUGAUGACGAUCUUCGACCUGAAGGACGUGUUCUUCCCGUACAUCAGCCUGGAGGUGUGCCGGCGGGUGCUGAACGCGCUCGACAUCAAUCUGUUCAUCGGCAAUAGCUUGCAGUACCAGGCGCUGCAGGAGGCGGGCCGCACUAACGUGGACAAGAUGCCGAUGAUACAGGUGACGGACGUGAUGACGUACAUGCCGCAGCUGCAGUACAUGAUCCGCAGCAGCAACCUGAACCAGGAGUCGCAGGCCAACAAGCGGGCCCGCAUCAGCUAGGAAUUGGGGUGGGGGGUACAGCAGCAGUGCCCUCAGAGCACGAUCGUAUCGGAUUUAAUAUCAUCCUCCUCGUCGAGUCGUGUUGGCGGUGGCACUGGUGGUGGUGGUGGCGGUGGUGUUGUUGGCGGUGGCAUGGGCGAUUCGUUCACCGGCAGUGGUGUUGGUGGUGGGAUAGCGGCGGCCGGUUGGAGCAACCUGACCCCAUCGCCGUCCUCCUCAUCGUUAUCGCUGGUCAGCAGCAGCAGUAACAGCAGCGGAGGCGUCGGAACUCAUUCCAGCAGUGGGGGCGCAAGAAAAGGAUCCUCCUCGUCAACGGGCGCGCCGUCCGCGUCGUCAUCGUCUUCUGCGGCGGCGGCAGCCGCAGCAGCAGCCGCCGCUGCCGCCCUGGCGAUGGCGGGCAUCUCGCCCUCUGCCACCGCGUCCUCGGUAGUGUCAACUUCCGGUGCGGCGGCAGCGGCCCUGUUUUCCGGUGGCGGUGCAUUCAGCUCACCUUCGCUGAGCGGUUCGGCCGGCUCGUCCAGUAGUGGGGGCAGUUUUUAUGACAAGAAAACCAUGUCAUCGUGCCGCUAUCAGCAGGAAAAGGGCGGUGCUGCUGCCACAGCGCAGAUAAGCUCUUCCGCGCUUGCCGACUACUACGCCGCGGGCGCUGAAGCGGGCAGUGGAUCGGCAGCGGCAGCGGUUGCAGCCGCUGCUGCCGCCGCCAGCCGUAUGCUUGGCCACGGAUCAUCCAUAGUACCCCCCUCCGUUUACUCAUCAUUCCAAGAGUCGGCACUAGCGGCGGCGGCGGCUGCCGCAGCCGCCCAGCAUCAUCAUACGGCUGCUGCCGCCCAUCACCACCAUCACCAUCACCAACAUGCUGCAGCAACACACCAGCAGCAAACUCAGCAGCAGCAACAGCAGCAGGUAGCCGUAAACAACAGCUUAUUUUCACCCCACUUUGCCGCUGGGUCACCUUACCAUCCGCCAAUGCAGGGUGGUGGUGGAGGUGGAACAAGCGCUGGUAGUCUUGGUGGUGGAGGAAGCAUUGCUGGUGGGAACAGUAUUAGUGCGUACGAUACUACCAGCACCGCGGCACGGUCCUGUGCGUUACCUUCGCCCACCAUCUACCCACCGACGCCGCCCCCUUCCGCCCCGUGGAUACAUCCCUGGUACGGCGGGGAUACGUUUUAGUCAACGCUCUAGUUCCUUGUCUUUGCAGACGCCGUUCGUCGUCUGUGUGCACUGUUGUGUUGCGUUCGUUUUGGGUUUGCUUGGGUACAAGUACAGCUGCUUUUUUUUCUGUUAGGUCCAAACAACAUUACAGAAUUACAGUGUUUCGAAUAUGCAAAGGAGAAUGAACAACCCCCGCACUCUCCCAUUUGCUGCUGCCACAAAGUUGAUUUUGUACUCAACACACACACACACACACAUACACGAAGCCUCUUUCCGUUGCGAAGAUCAAAAGAUGUACUAAAAGUAGAUUUUGUUGCAAUGUUUCUUUCACGUUUUUUCUUUUGUUGAUUUUCUUUAUCGCUUUUCUAUUGAAAGGAAAAGUAUGAACACAUAUAGAACGAAUCUCUUCUUUUUUUUACUAUGUAUAUGGGUAAAGAAACUGAAACAAAGCAGAAUACACAGACACAGAGACACUCUUUGAUUAGUAGUGUUAAGUGAGGAAUUUAAGCAGUAAGUAGUAAGCAGCAGCGGGCAGGCGGACAGUACUAGGAGUAGUGGCAAAAGCAGCAUAUGAAACAAAAGUUACUAUCGCUCUUAUGCGAAUCCACUUUAUAUAGAAAUAACUUAUUCAUAAUUAGGUCUUUCUCUCUCUCUCUCGAGGGAGAUGGGUACAAGAGCACACUAACGUUCGCAUCUUUUAUCUUGUGCUUGUGAAGUAAUAAACGAAAGGUGUGUCACGGAACGGAAACGAGGAGUCGUGGGAUGUAGAAAUACACUUCAUUUAAACACACACACAAACACAUGAACGCGAAUUAGCAUAAAAUAAAUACCAACACGCCAACAAAGAACGGCGCGCGCACGCGAUCGAACAUGUGUAAGCGAAGAGUGCUAGAAUCAGUUCUUAGGUAAUCAUUAAGUGUUUUAAAAAUCACAUCAACCUUUUGUGUAAGGCAUACGAGAACCUUUUAAAACAAAUCUCGCCAAAACCAACACUUACGCUAACCGAACAAACGAAUAUACGCAAACAAAACGCAUGCAUUCAUAAGAUAAUUUAGCAUUAGCAUGACUGAGAGGGAAGAGUUCAGGGCACACUGCACUAGUAGAGAAUUGGAAUUUGAAGAUUGGUUUGCAAAAUUAGAAGAAGAAGCAAAAAAAAAACCAUUAGACUGAUUGAGCGGAUUAUGACAAGGCGCAAGCAAACGAGAUUCCAACCCGGGGAAAGCAUCCAACGAGGAGACCGGUUGAGGGGAUGUUCUAUGACUUCCACCCCAUUAAAAAAAACGUCCUCGUUCCGCUAAAUGUGUCUAAGCAAUACGAAUAUGGGGGCGAUUAGCUCCAUUCGUACUGUGUUAACCACCGACUGUAAGCAGUGCGUGAGCUGCUUGCAACACUAACACACACACACACAACACAUACAGAGCAGUAUUUGUGUAUUUAAAAAAAAAAACAAACAAAAUGCUGCUUAAAACACACCCGCAGGGGGAAGGCCUGCAGGGCUGCAUAAAGUGUUGUUGCUAUGUUCAUUAAAUUACAGCAGAAACUUAUUUAUUUUCCCAAAAAGCAAAGCGAAAACAAAAGCCCGUUACUUGAAUUGGGUGUUAAUAUACACUACCACUGUACAUGAUGAGCAAACCUAGAGUCUAACCCUGUAUCGUUUAAGAAUUGAAGCGAGAAUUCGAACAAAACUGCUAGUUGAACUUAUUUUAUGUAUAAAAAAUGAUUAUUUUGUUAGUUUCUUAUUAUUAUUAAUGUUAUUAUUAUUAUUAUUAAUGCGUUUCAAUUGCGGCGCUAUACUAUGCAUAGCGCGGCAUACACACACAAACACUUUAAUGGUGGCAUUAUUAUUAGUUAUUGUUUUGUUUUGUUUUGUUUUUCUAUAUCUCUCUCUCUCACGAUAUGAAAUACCACUCCAUCAUUAAGCAGAAUAAUAGCAUAUUUAGGAGAUAAGCGAUAAGAAUUUAGAAUGAAAAACAAAGCAAUGCCGCAAAGGACGUACAGUACGUAUCAGCAAACAGAACAACUAGGAAGGUGGUCGGAGUCAGUCGGCACAAAAAAGAAAACGAUGGGCCGACGACGACUGAAUAGUUAGACACUGAACGAAGGGCUGGUGGUUAGCACGAGAGAGGGCAGUUUUUGAGAGCUAUUAACUUAAACCUGAACAGCAAAACAAUAAAAGUAAAACCACGCUUGAACAUGUGAACAAGUAAACAGAUGGAAAGAGAGGGGGACGCAACACCUAAUUGCGCAAACGCGAGUGUCCCUUUCGCAAAUUAA